GGGAUCCUGUCAUCACAGCCAGAAGAAAAUCCCCACUGGUGGAAUGCAAACAUGGUAUUUGUCCCUUAUUGCUCAAGUGAUGUUUGGAGCGGUGCCUCUUCCAAGUCUGAGAAAAAUGAAUACGCCUUCAUGGGAGCCCUGAUCAUUCAGGAGGUGAUAAAGGAGCUGGUGGGAAAAGGCCUGAGCACUGCGAAAGUGUUGCUGCUAGCAGGGAGCAGUGCCGGAGGGACAGGAGUGCUCCUGAACGUGGAUCGAGUGGCAGAGCAGCUGGAGGAGAUGGGUUACCAAGGCAUUCAGGUUCGAGGCUUGGCAGACUCCGGAUGGUUCCUGGAUAAUAAACAGUAUCGCAGAACCGACUGUAUUGAUACCAUAACGUGUGCUCCAACAGAAGCCAUCAGAAGAGGCAUAAGGUAUUGGAAUGGCAUUGUUCCUGAACGGUGUAAGCUGCAGUUUAAAGAGGGAGAGGAAUGGAACUGCUUUUUUGGAUAUAAGAUUUACCCAACUCUUCGAUGUCCAGUCUUUGUUGUCCAGUGGCUCUUUGAUGAGGCCCAGCUUACUGUAGACAACGUGCACCUCACUGGCCAGCCUGUUCAGGAAGGGCAGUGGCUCUACAUCCAGAAUCUGGGUAGGGAGCUGAGAAACACGUUGAAGGACGUGACUGCUAGCUUUGCUCCUGCCUGUUUGUCUCAUGAGAUCAUUACACGCAAUCACUGGACGGACGUGCAGGUGAAGGGGACGUCCUUGCCCCGUGCCCUGCACUGUUGGGACCGGAGCCUGCACGAGAGCAACAGAAACGGGAAGGCGCCUCUGAAAGGCUGCCCGAUUCACCUGGUUGACAGCUGUCCGUGGCCUCACUGCAACCCCUCGUGCCCCACGAUCAGGGACCAGUUCACCGGGCAGGAGAUGAAUGUGAUCCAGUUCCUCAUGCACAUGGGUUUUGAUGUUCAGAAGAUGGCACAGCAGCAGGGCCUGGAGCCCAGUAAGCUUCUGGGGAUGCUCAGCAGCGGUAGCUAGGAAGGGGUCUUCAGAAGGGCAGACAUGAGAUCGGGAGGAGGCUCUAAGCCCUUCUCCCACACUUUGUAAUUUUCUUCCUUAUGCUCAUGCAGGCAGAUGCACGCUCACACCCACGCAUGCUCAAACCUGUACACAGCCACGUGCUCCCCACUCGCGCACACUUAGGAUGUGUCAAGAAAGAGAAAAAACCCAAUUUCUUGCUUACACUAUUUGACUGGACCUCGUUACCUGCAGACUCCAGGGCUUGGUUUUGGCCAUUCACAUCAUCUUCCUGUGUUACACAAGGCGAUCUGAUACAGGGAGUAGCAAAGCCAUAAAGAGCAGCAAUGAGAACCCUCCCCAGAUCUAGGACUUCUUCCCUUGUCGUGAAUUUUACAUCAUAGACUUGAUACGAGUGGUGAAAAAAGCAAGCACUGGAUUUCUCUUGUCCAACUAGAAGUGACGGAGUGAUUACAUGACUGCCUGGAGGUCAGCAUCUCAUGAUGAGUCAUAACGAACAAACCCAGGACACGUGCUAGGGAUGGACGCUCUUGUACUCAAUUUACUUUCGUAUUAUUUUAUAAAAUGACUUUUUUAUUACGUUUUUUUAAACUAGGCAAGAAAUAUAAAUGAUAUUGUUUUGUAACAUAUUUUUUUUAAAUAAUGAAGAAACCUCUUGCUACUUCGGCAACGUGGACAUAUUUAUUUUAAUAUGUAAAACGCUAUUUAUAAGGGCUGACCAGAGAACCAUACGUAUGUCUUUGUAAAGUUGUAUAUGCUGCUCAUUUGGAUGGGUUGUCCUUAUGAUCACUUGUGCCUGGGAGAGGGCUGAGGGGAGUUAUUGGCAUUUUAUAUUCAUUAGACUUCUGUCUUCCCCUUGCA